UCUAACGGCCCAACCCAAUUCAUCUCCAGAUCCUUUCAUCUUCAUCUCAUACAUCACCUAACCAAAACUCUCACUCCCUUUCCAUCUCCAUGGACCCUUCCUCCUUUUUCCAUCUUUCAACCGACUCUCUCCACCUUCACCACCACCCUCCUCCGCCUCCCACCUCUGCCACCAUCGCUAACCCCACUCCGCCGUCUCUCAACCACAAUAAGAGUAAUCAUCCUCCUUACACUGAGAUGAUAAGCUCAGCCAUCGCUACUUUGAAAGAGAAGGACGGGUCGAGUAAGCGUGCUAUCGCCAAGUUCAUAGAGAAAGUUUACGGGAAUUUCCUUCCACCGAAUCACUCGGCCUUGCUGACUCACCAUCUUAAGCGGUUGAGGAACACUGGCCAGCUUAUUAUGGUGAAAAAAUCUUACAAGCUUCCUAGAUCUGAUGAUGAGGUUAGCGCUUCAAUUAUUCCUUCGGAAAGUAAUAAUAUUAUUCCCGACAAUGCCCCUGCUAUUAGUUCAGCCCAUGGGCCGAAAACAGGCCGAGGACGGGGCCGGCCGCCCAAGGCUAAUAAUAGUACUGAUGGCGUUUUAGCUUCCCUUGGGCUGGUUGAUCAGCCCAAGAGUGGUCCGGGCCGCCCGAAGAAGGGUGAUGUAGUGGUGGUGACGAUGACAGCUACACAGGGGCCUAAGAAGGGGAGAGGUAGGCCACCCAAGGCAAAGAAGAGGGGCCCGGGACGUCCCAAGAAGCCGAAGAGUGUUUUGGGUAAGUUGGGCCCAGGCCGCCCACCUAAAGUUAAAGCCCAAGCCCCCGGCCUAGAGCAGCUUAAUAAUCCUGUGGCAGUAACGUAUGUUCCAAGUGAUGCAAGUGUCCCUGGGGCAGUAGCCGAUGUAGCGAAGCCUAGAAAGCGGCCAAAGAAGAUUGGCACAACUCUGGGAGGUGGUGGUGGUGGUGUGGAUCAGCUUGGCCAGCCACCGAAGAAGGGGGUGAGCAGUUCUGGAAGGCCUGUCGGUCGGCCUAAGAAGAACCCUUCAGGGGCAUUAACUGAAACAGGAGGAGCUGCGGCCAUUGGAGACCUUAAGAGGAAGCUUGAACUCUUUCAAACAAAACUCCGGCAAGCCAUCAGCGUGUUAAAGCCUCAUUUAAGCAGUGAAAGCCAGAUCAGUGCAGUGGCAGCUAUCCAAGAGCUAGAAGCUCUGGCAGUGAUGGAUAUUGGCACGCCGCUGCAAGAGGUUACUCAAGUAGCACAACCGCCACUGCCACCACCAGCUCCACAACAGCAACAACAACAAUCACGAUAACCAUUUCUGGCUUAAACUUAAGUAAAAACUGUGAAAAGCUUGCGAAUUUGUUGUGAUGUAUGUAGGAAGCUGAACUCAUUCCUUGGAUCAGUGAGGGUUGUAGUAGAAGUAUUCUAACUCAGACACAGGAAGAAAAGAGAAUCUGUAAAAGGAAUAGGCUGAUGUUGCAAGCCUAAUUCUCAUUGUUUGUGAAUUCUAAGUCGUUUGUACAACUUUGUAUUUGACAUUAGCUUGUGUUUUCAUGUACUUUAUUAUCCAGUUUUUCUAAGUAAUUUCAGUAGAUUAUGACAUUUGAUUA